AUGUUUUUCACGUCAGCAUUUGUUGUACUAGUAGGAGUGGCAGUUAUGGUUGCCGUAAUGCCGUGCGGUAGCUCGAAUAAUAGUUGUUUUGCCACUUUGUCGAUGUCCAUGAAAAAGACAGAACUUUCCUUCAAUAAUAAAACUGGUCAGAAGUUUGACCACUUCUUCAGGUUCAACGAAAAAAUUGACGUCGGGAAAUACGCCAUUGGCGGCCGUGUAGUAGCAGUUAUUAUUGCAGUACCACUUACCAUGAUGUCUUCCCCCACCCCACAAGAUAAAGACUCCGGAGUACCGCCUUGA